AUGUCCUCCGAGUUCGACCGCGACAUGCACUUCUUCGAGGUCUUCCACGGCUAUGACCAGAAUCCUUUGGACUUUAACGAGUUUUGCCACGACGGCGAUUACGAACUUGAACCGGCUCCCGAAGCCCAGACUCUUCAUCAUCCAGCGGCGGACGCAGGCAACGAGCUUUCCGACCCAGACGCCUCUGUCGGUGUCUCGGAGCCCAACCAGGCAUCUUUGCAUGAGGGGCCGUCAGCCAUGUUGCUCGGAUCCAACCAAUCGGACGGGACUCCUAAGAAGUCAGUCACUACAGUCGACAUGGAAAUUGCUUCCUCAGGGUCUGCCGCCCCUUGGUAUCUCCGCUCCAGCAACACGACCGACACGACAACUUCCUCUGCUGGGACUCCUCCGGGACCCCCCUACAAAUGCACCGAGGCAAAUUGUCGAUCCAAGGCGCAAUGGAAAACCCUCUCACAGUUUACGCAGCACAUCCGAAAUAUCCAUCAACAGCCGUUGCUUUGUACCGUGCCGGGCUGUACACAUCAACGUCCCUUUGGUAAACAGACGGACCUCAACCGACAUGUGAAGACCAAGCAUGAGGCCACCGAAACCUUCCUUUGCGGCGAUGAGUCCUGCCCAGCUCACGUUCAUGGCUUCGAGAGAAAGGACAAACUACUGAAGCACCUGAGGGAGCAUCACCCUCAGGUGCAGUGCACAAAAACGCACUGCUCUGCAAUUGUCGCUGAUUUUCAGCAACAGUCGCAUAUGGAGCAGGAUCACGGCCCUUUUGAGUGUGCUCUGGGUCACUGCCGGACCUCGCCACCAUCGAACUUCACCCAAGUUCGACUCCAUCGACACUUGAAGAACCACCACAAACUGAGCUAUGAUUGCAUUGAGACUAUAAAAUCGAGAAUGCAAUCGUCCGAUCUAGACGCCAGAUCUGAGCACUUGCGCAACGACUACAGAAGGCCUAAAUGGGAGAUAUGCUCCAUCUGUGAGAUUGGUGGAGCAACGGCUCAUGUUUAA